CACUGUUCUUAACUGCUUAUUAGGAAAGAUGUGAAAUAUACACCUGAAAGUACGAUCUAACAAUGGUAUCAACUCAUAAGACGAAUCCGGUAACUACUGGGUAAAAAGAAUAAAAUUACAGAUAUAGAAAAACUAAAGAAGUAAUGGGCUACUGUAAUUCAUAACAAAAUAAACUUAGAUAUCAAAAAUUAAAGAUUAAAUUAAAUUUGGAUAUCAAAAAUUAAAGAUGGAGCAUAAUAAUCGAAUGGAAAUACAGAGAUAUAUUUCACUAUGUGUAGGUAUACUGGGACUUGUGUUUUGUGGAAUUAUAAAUGGAUUCAAUAUAUACGCCGUUGCUCUUAAACAGACUUUUAAUUAUACACAAACAGAACUGGAGUACAUAACCGUCAGUGGAAUAGCAGGAUUGGAACUAACUUCAUACUUAAGCGGAGUAGUCAUAGACAAAUAUGGACCCCGAUCAACAUGCGUUAUAGCUGCUAUACUCAGCUCUUCUUGUUUCGCAUUGGAGUGGAUGUCAACUAAAUUCAUUUCAUUCUUUACAUCACGGAGCUGGCUGAUAUGUUUGAUAUAUUUUGUAGGUUCUGCCGGCUGCUGUUUUACUUAUAUGGCGAGCAUGUCGACAAUUGCACUUAACUUUGAAGGAAAGCAUCAAGGCAAAGUUGUCGGUUUUGCAAGUGCUAUGUUUGGUGGCAGUCCGCUCAUAUUUGCUCUUAUCUAUCAGGUAUUCUUUGUUCAAGGCCACGUGACUGACGAACAAAAUCAAAACCUUGGUGGCUUCUUUAUUAUGUUAUCCAUAUGGGCGGGAUGCACCGGUGUUCUUGGCGCAGGAUUUCUUAAAAUAGUACCCCCAGUAGAGACACACAUACCUCUCAUGUGCGAGGGAGAGCACUCGAAACAAAACUUUGAUGAAACUAAUGUGACGACGAAUGAAACCGCUAUUGACCAUGAUAUCGAGAAAGGAAAAUGUGUUACAGCAAGCGAUGAUAAUAUAACAAACGCUAAAGAUAACACGCUAAAUGAUAAGACUCCGUUAUUUCAAAAGGAAUCCGAAAACAAUAGCCUAACAACAUGUAGUGACGAAGAGAAAAAUAUGACGUGUUUUCGGAUGGUGAAAACAUUUAAAUUUCAUUUAUUGCUUUGGGUUGUGAUUAUCAUUAAAGGCAUAGGAUUGACAUCGUCUGCUAAUAUCACAACUAUUGCAAAAUCUGCACAUCUUGAGGCAACGUCAUCCGCCUUAAUACUCAUUAUUCCGAUAGCAGAUACACUAGCUAGGUCUCUCGGAGGGAUAAUCCCAGAUUUUCUCAAACAGAGAUUACCAUUUAUUAGCGUUUCAUCAGUGCUGGUGUUUGCAUCUUUUCUGAUGAUGGUGGCUCAAAUGAUUCUUAUAUUUUUCAAUCAAAGCUUCGUAGCAUUGGUGUGUUUUUCUAUAAUGUCUAGCGUAUCGACUGGGUUUAUAGCUGUAAUGACACCGAUAACCAUAUCAGAGUUUUUUGGAAUGAAAGAAUUUUCACAGAAACUCGGAUUGCUUUUAACACUUAAUGGGUUAGCUGCAUUUCUAUUUGCAAAGGUCUUUGGCUGGAUUUACGAAAAUAAUAGUCCCCGGGGUUCUAAAGAUUGUUUUGGAGAGCACUGUUCAAGAAAGACAUUCAUCAUAAUGGCCAUUUUUGCUUUACUAUCGACUCUUUUUAGCUCAGCUCUGUUAAAGACACGCUGGAAAUGUUAUAAAAAUCCAAAACUUAACCAAAGGUAGUAGAGGAAAUAGAGGAAAUAUGGUAACUUUGAAACAAAUAGUCACAUUUUCAAAUUCACCAAAAUAGAAGACGUCCACAACCUGACCUUCAUAUCUAUAUUUAAUAACUGGUGGAGACUGAUAUAAAAUGAAGACUGAGAUGAAACAUGCUAUGAAACGAAAUUGAUUUUGAAAUGCGAAUAAAAUAUACUUCAAAAUGAUAUAUAAACAGAGUUAGUUUUUUAAAAAGGCAGGGAUUAACGCUUAAAACGGACAUUAGCCCGUAUUUCCUGGAUUGUCCUCGGGCCGUGCACGUCAUAACUGUUUUUAUAAGAUGCAAUAUAAACAACCUAAUACUAUGGAAGAUGUACCAGCUUCCUAUACUAAUUUCUUAUUAUUUCAUCU